CAAGGUACUAAGUCAAUUGCAGGUGGCGGGAGAGCUUGGCGAUGACGAAACGCCGCGGCCGGACGGCGUCCCGGGGCCCCGGCAAUAAGCCGCGCCGCUCCGGCAGUAAGCCGCGUCGCCUUCCCCCGACGCUGCGGACCGGGCUGUCGGGGAGCGGCGCAGCGGGGACUGCGGCGGCGCAGCCCGGGCGGGAGGCCGAGCUGAGGAAGCAGAGGCAGGACGAGAUGCGGGAUAAACAGCGCGCCGCCCGGGAGCGGGAGAAGGGCCUACGGCGCAGCCUGGAAGGCCUGCAGCGCGAGGUGCUCCAGCGGCAGCGCGAGCACGAGCAGAGGGAGCGAGACCUGCAGGCCCUGGAGCAGCAGCAGCAUCCGCAGCUGGAGCGCGAGGCUUCCAGGAAGGCCUACUAUCGCGAGUUCAGGAAGGUGGUGGAUGCGGCCGACGUGGUCCUGGAGGUCCUCGAUGCCCGAGACCCCCAGAGCUGCCGCUGCCCUCAGGUGGAGCAAGCUGUUCUCCAGGCCGGGGGCAGCAAGAAGCUAGUGUUGGUGCUCAACAAGAUCGACCUGGUGCCUAAAGAACUGGUGGAAAAGUGGCUGGCUUAUCUGCGCAAUGAGUUCCCCACCGUGGCCUUCAAGGCAUCUACACAGCAGCAGAACCGGAACCUGCAGCAGAGCAAGGUUCCAGCCAAGCAGGCCUCCGCAGAGCUGCUGAGCACUGGCGCCUGCAUCGGAGCUGACUGCCUCAUGAAGGUCCUGGGCAAUUACUGUCGAAGCCAGGACCUCAGGACCGCCAUCAGGGUCGGGGUUGUGGGCUUCCCCAACGUGGGAAAGAGCAGUUUGAUCAACAGCCUGAAGAGGGCUCGGGCGUGCAAUGUGGGAGCCACCCCAGGCGUCACCAAGUGCCUGCAGGAGGUCCACCUGGACAAGUAUGUCACACUGCUGGACUCUCCAGGGAUCGUGUUAUCCCCUUCCACCUCGGACACUGCCCUUAUCCUUAGAAACUGUCUAAAGAUUGAACAACUGGCCGACCCUGUGACUCCAGUGGAGGCCAUCCUUCGAAGAUGCAAUCACGAGCAGCUCUCCCAGCAUUAUGGCUUACCUCACUUUAAUAACACCAUGGAGUUCUUGGUGCUCCUUGCCAGAAGGCUGGGGAGAUUGAAGAAGGGAGGGACCCCUGACCAGGAGAAAGCUGCCAAGGCAGUGCUAACUGACUGGAUGAAUGGGAAAAUUGGCUACUUCACCCACCCACCUGAGACACACAAGUUGCCCACACACAUCAGUGCAGAAAUUGUUUCUGAGAUGGGCAAAGCCUUUGAUUUUGAGGCCCUGGAGCAGGGCAACAUGGAGGCCUUAGCUAGCAUGCCCACAGGGCCCAUCAGCUUUGGUCAAAAGCCAUUUGACCUUACCAGUGAGACUGAAAUAGAGAUGCCACCGGAGGAGGAGGAAGAGGAGUUCUGGGAUGCCAGAGAAGACCUAGAGGAUUUCAUGGAUGAAGACAAAGACCCCGAGUUUGGUGCCAUCACCGUGGAGCUGAAGGGAAACAAGAUUAAAAAGCCAGAAGAGGCUAAACAGAAGCUGCCCCAGGCCCCCAAACUAGAAGAAAUCUGGGCCAUGGACCCUCUCCAUCAGGGACAGGGCCUAGCUGCUGCCUGCAAGAGGAGGAAGAAGCUACAGAAGAGAGCAAAUAAACUUGCAACAAAGCUGUCUGACAGCCUUGUGGCUGCUUUGGACUUAACUAUUACAGAUGAAUGAACAAUCUCUUCCACCUGGCCCUGGUGGAAGUGGAAAAACUGAGAAGCUGCAAUAAAUUACACCUUACAUGUUCUAAGCAUGAGUGGCUUACUCAGCUAAGGUGCAUGGGGCAGUUACUGUUUCCUGGCUGUAGCUUGUCCCAGACAGGUGGACUGUGAAGGUUAGACUAUAGGCCCUUACUUUAAACAAUAGCUUUCUUAAUUUAAAAAAAUUAGAGCCAGAGGGCAGGCAAGGUCCUGAUCAGUGGCAGUGUAUUGGUGGGUCAUUGGCUUGGGGAGAGGGAUUUUUGUUCUAAGACUCUUGUGGGUAAGAAACUAGUAAGUGAGCAAUGGGGAGAAAAUGAAGAGAGUUAAUCAUCCAGGGAAGUAAAGGGAAGGUUUUUAAGGGCAGCUACAGGGUGAAAUGAGGUAUGUAGAUCUCAUUAAAUAAUUGGAUUUGA